GCGAAAGCAAAAAACGGUGUGCAAAUUAAAGCAAAUAAUACAAGUAACAAAAUAUUUAUACAACAAAAAAGCGAGAAAAAUUUUACAAAAAUAUUAAUUUGCAUAAUUCGGCGCUGAGUGAAGACACGAACAACGAAAUGUAGCAAAGCAACAUUUUAAAAAACAUAAAAAGCAAAAAAAAAUUAAAAAUAAUUGUUGUUAGGUACGAAACAAAAACUGGUAACAUAAGUUAUAAAAGCGUUUAAAAAGUUUAUAGAUUUUUCGAAAAUUAUAGACAGCGAGCGACAAGUGAUCGACGCACAGUGUGCGCUAAAAGUAAACAAACAUUUCUAUUUCUCUAGAGUCUGCGAUUUGGUGCAAAAUUCAACGGUGAAUUAUGCGUGCGACAACAAAAACAAUAACUAAUUUGAAAAUCACAAAAACCAAAAAAACUUAAUGAGGAAAUUUUUAAUCAAAAUUGUAUGUAAUUAUUGAAAUUGAAAAAGUCAACUGAAGAAGCGACAAAACGGAGAUAAGAAAAUACACAGCCAAGUCGCCGUUGUUUUGUACGAGCCAGUGUGCGUGUGUGGUGUGUUUGUGUGUGCCAUUAUUACGAGCGCAAAUCGUAACGCGCCCAAAUAAGCUAUCGCAACAACAACAACAGCAACAAUAAUGCGAUUAACUAGAGCGAGUUGCGCAAGUGAUAAUUGAAGCACCAAAUAAAAAAUAAAAAAACGCGUAAAUUUAAUAAAUAAAAAUAGCAAAAACAACAACAACAACUGCGCAUAAAUGCUAUACAAAGCUACAAAUAAGCAUAUUUGGCCAACAGCUAGCAACAACGCGUUGUAUUUUUACAAAAACGAAACCUGAAAAUAAUCAAAAUUCAAAAAUUACAACGCCAAAACUGAGCCGAAAUCGCACAUCUUUAUCAGCAGAGAAUAUGUGCGGCAGCUACAACGGCCACACGCAUCUAGCCAGCACACGAAUUAUUGAAAUAUUAUCAAUUGAACAGCUUUUGUUGUUUUGUAAGUCGAAAUCUUAAUGAAAACUGCGCAAGUAAACACUUCGCACGCACACUGCCGCCACUGAUAGCGAACGCGCGCACGCAGCGUCCGACGCAUGCGCCUAGUCACAUAGCAGCCAAAAGGCAGAUAUCGCGCGCCAACAACAAAGACCAACGCAAAUGCAUUGUCAUUCUUGCAUUGCACACACGCAUAACACAAAUAAUUAGUUAGAAAUACAUACACAUAUAUUUCAUAAAUAUUGGAAUCGGCCAUUCGAAAUACACCCAACCGUCGCACUCGAAUUGUACCACAACGGUACGCCAGCUGAUAACAGCUUCACGCCACAGUUCAGCGUUCGUUGGAUUGUGGGCGCAUAAAGUGGGCGCAUGCAAGGUCACUUAUAGCGCUCCGUUACCCAAAACUGCCGCGCCGCGAGUGGCAACGAAAUUGAUACCAAAAUAACAACAAAGAAAUUAUACGAAAACUGCACGAGGACGCCGAAAAUAUGGAAGGCGAGAAAAUGUCCACGUUCUAUUCGAGUUCGAAUAAGUUAACUCAAAACAAUUGCUUGGCGCCACCCACCACAGUGCCUCAUCUGCAGCUAACACCUUCUACUACACACACAACAACGCCGAUGCAAUCAUCCGCUCAACACUCGCUUUCACUCAAAGUGGAACAAGCACAAGUUUCCACUAACGCAUUUCUCGAACCAUCUAACGCAACCGCGUCCUUGUCCUCGUCUGCGUCGUCUUCAACCACCUACAACGAUCCUUUCGCCGCCUAUGCCGAAAACUUCGAUCUAUCACUACUACCUCAGGAUUGUGCUCAAACAAACGCUAAUAUACCCACUAUAGUAUAUCAAUUUGGUUGUAAUACACCCACUACACCAACAACGACACCCGCAUUGUCCCCAACCGCCGUGCCGUUUCAUAACCUAUUAACACCACCACAGAUUAAAGUCGAGCAAGCCUGGUCGUUCGGUUCCACUAUCUCCCUGCCGGAGGAGAUCAAGCGCGAGCCACAAUCGCAACCGAUGCUUAAGUCGGCGAAUCAAUUGAUACCACCACCACCGUAUCCGCAUAUUUAUCCCUCACCCCAAUCGAGUCCCGCUCAAUCGGAAUACGGUUUUCCGCAAUCACAAUUCGCCGGUUGUUUCGAGUCGCAGAGCUCCUCGUUGAGCUCGUCGCGUUCAUCUCUGCACCCCUCAUCGCCAUAUCCCUCGCUAGAUGCCUGCAAUAUUAAGCAAGAGUUGCACAUCCUGCCACCAUCGCCACCAGAGUCCAACUGUGAAGCUCCGUCUCCGCAUUCGUCGUGGCCCGAUAUUAAAUCGGAACCGCUUGAUGCUGAUGUGGAGACUUUGAUCGAUCUGAAAAUGUUGCUCGAUAAAAAGGAGUUCUCCAACGCAGCUUAUAACGACUACAACAAUAGCAGUAGUGAAUGUCAUUUGAAACCGUCGGUAGCGAUGCCCGUACAACAACAACAACAACAGCAGCAUCAGCAACAACAGCAACAGAAAAGUCAAGAUCAUCAAAUGCUACGUGAGUUCUUCGAAGAGAACCACUUUCCCAUGGGUUGUAGCAUGAAUCAAGUUGGUGGCAAUAUCGAACAAGUGAUCUCAAUGGCCCUCGAGGAUACGAAGAGCCAGGCCGUGGAGACCUGUGCCAAAUUGCAGAUAUCACAAGAUCCCUGCGAUUGGUCGGUAUCUCAAGCACACUCUUGGCUACGUUCCACAGUAGCCCAGUUCAAAUUGCCAGAAAUUGAAGAUUUGGAGGCAAAAUUCCCGGAAAAUGGUGCAGCACUAAUAUUACUCAGCGAGGAAGAAUUUAAGCGACGAGUGCCAGAGAGCGGCUCCGACUUGUACGCGCAGCUAGAGGUGUGGCGCUAUCAUUUCAACAGCAAUGCGGCAGAAAGCGACGAUGACGAGGAUAUGCUGCCCACCACAAGCGCUCUAGCUGUUGCCGGCACAACAACAACCACAACAGCAAAAUCAACUGACACGAAGCGCACCGGCCGCAGCGGUGGCUCACACAUACACCUGUGGCAAUUCCUCAAGGAACUGCUCGCCGAACCGCAUGCACACGGCACGGCCAUACGUUGGAUCGACCGCAACCGGGGCAUAUUCAAGAUUGAAGAUUCGGUGCGUGUAGCAAAAUUAUGGGGCGGACGCAAGAAUCGACCAGCAAUGAAUUACGACAAAUUAUCGCGUUCCAUACGGCAGUACUAUAAGAAGGGGAUCAUGAAGAAGACCGAGCGCUCACAACGUUUGGUCUAUCAGUUCUGUCAUCCCUAUCAGUUGUAAGCUGGAGAGCACAAAUUAGAAGAAAUGUGAAAGUGAGACGGCGCGUAGAAAAUAAAAAAGGCAUUUGGGUUAUGCAAUGUUCAUUUGGUGUGGCAAAGAAAUGGCCUUAAUGACAAAUCAAUAAUUUAUUGCUAUUUAUUUAUUUAUUUAUUGCAUA